AUGUUCAUCACUACUAAAGCCCCCGACAAACGCACAUCGGUGCUCAGCUUCGACUUCAAGUACACCGACGUGGAAGCCAUGUCCACCCAGCCCGUCACCAUGAUCUCCUCGUCCCCAGUGACGCAGCCCAAGCGGUUCUCGCUCAACCGAAUGUUCAGCAAAAAAGGCUCCUCGUCCAUAGACAAGAGCACCCCAAUCUCGGUGCCCAUGGACCCCACCCGAAUCGACGACUGCUUCAAACGAGACAAAAAGGUGCUGGAAGCAGAGAUCCAGAAAGAAAAGGCCAAACAGGAACUGCUCUUCCUCAUCGGGGAAGGCGAUCUGGCAGAGAAAAGACACAAGUCCAAGAGACCGCCCUCGUCCUCCUCAACUGCCUCCAUUGCUUCCUCCAGACGACCCUCCACCUCCUCGUCUCGCCCCCAAACUUCAGCUUCCUCCAGACUGUCAACACACUCAGAACUGCCCCUCCACUCACUCAGACCCACCUCGACCCGAUCGUCCAGAUCCUCAAGAUGCUCAGUCGCCCCCUCAAACCCCAACUACUACUACACGGGCCUGUCCUUGGUCAAGCUGAGCAGCCUCGACAGCUCCUACAGACGCCAGUACGGCUACGGCUGCAAAACCGUGGAGGAAAAGAAGAUUGUCCACCAGAUCUGCGCCACCCGAGACCUGGAGUACCUUCCUCUGGUGCUGUUUCGAUGCAUUCGCGAGAUCAACAACAAUCUCACCGAGAUCGGGGUCUACAAGCUGAAUGCCAGCGCCCAGAAAAUCGAACAGCUCCGAAGAUGCUUCACCGACAACGGGCCCCUAUGUGACUUGGGCGACUACGAUGUUCACACUCUAACCUCGUUUCUCAAGAACUUUCUACGACAACUGCCUGACGACCUCUUCCCCAACCCCUACCAGGAGACACAGCCCAAGGUGCUGGUAUCUGUGGUCAAGACUGCGCUCGGAAAGCUGCCCAAACAGUCCAUUGUUGUACUGAGGACUCUGUGUACACACAUCCAGGACGUGUCCAACCACCACGAGACCAACAAAAUGACGCUGUCGACGCUAGCCCGCAUUUUGGCCCCCUCUCUUAGAAUUAGAUCGUCUGUGCUUGAAACUCUGGUCAAACAUACCCCUGAACUUUGGUAUGGCAUGGAGGGUAACGGCGUCUACACAUACGAGGCUAUCGAGGUCCGCCGUCAAGAGGCCGUGUCUCCUACCUCAUCCAGCUAUCCCGCUGGCCUCUUUCCUUCUCGAAUGUACUCUCACGACAACAUUUCUGACGAGUCUCUUGAAAACCAGAUCAAUGGUAUCAUGUACUGCGGAGGAGGCAUUGGAGAUGUGGACAGUGACGUGGAAGAUGAUUCUGCCACUUCUGCGUCUCCGCCCAGAUCUUCGUUUGAGUUCUCGGAGAACACUGACAUGGAGCAUACUGAUGCGGAGGACCAUUCGGAUCACUCGCGUCGGCGAAAAUGCACUUCUGUGGUCUCCACCAGCACCACCGAGAGCCAGAUCGAGCCCAAGUCUCCUAUUGCUGAGACCAUCAACAUUGACGGCGAUGUUGCUAUUGUUGGUCAGGCGGUGAUGCUCAAUGGAACCGUCACUACUGCUGUUCUUCGCGAGUACAAAAAGGCUCCUCUUCCUGCCAUUCCUCAAGAUAAGGGCAAGGAACCCGAGGAGGCGACUGCAUAG